GAAGCACCGUGCUUUAUCAGUUAUGUUCGAUUUUCAUUUAUAAACCUCAACUGCAGCGUGUUGAGUAUAUUCAGUCUUUCACUCUCGAACUAGAAACUAAUCUAUCAAAAUGAAAGUUAAAAUCAGUAUCCUGGUUGUGGUUGCCCUUCUCUCCAGCGCAGUGCUGGCAAAAGACGAGAGAUGUCCCCCAACCAACGAGCCAGGUCAAAACAUCCACUACGCUCAUCCGACCGAUUGUCACAAAUAUCUCACCUGCAACUGGGGAGAACUGGUUGAGCAACAGUGCACUCCGGGUUUGUUGUGGAACGAUAAUGCUAAGUACUGCGACUAUCCCGAAAAUGUGAACUGCAACGACCAAUCUGGAUCAACCUCCGUUCCUUCGACGAGUUCGAGUCCUGUCCCAAGUUCGACUGUAGAAGUCACUUCAACAACCUCAGCUCAAUCUUCUACAACUGUACCAGAGAAGAAAUGUCCGGAGCAAUUCGAUCCCGAUCAUCAGGUGUUUCUUGAGCACGAAGACUGUGACAAAUUCUACAUUUGCACCUGGAAUGGACAAGCCGUCGAAAAAGUGUGCCCAUCGGGACUUCACUGGAAUCAACUGUUCAACAUUUGUGACUGGCCCGUGAACGUCGGUUGUUCUUCUAGCCCUUCGGUAUCUCCGUCGACGCCAUCUUUCCCAAGCACCACUCCAGCAUCGACAAGUAGUGCAGCUCCCUCAGAGGGUGAUUGUCCACUAAUCUACGAUCCAUACCAUCAGGUGUACUUCCCUCAUCCAGAUUGUACCAAGUACUACAUUUGCACUUUCGAGGGCAACAAACUGGAGCAAAACUGUCCUGCAACUUUGCAUUGGAGCCAAUCGAACGGAUACUGCGAUCACCCGGAGCUGGCACAAUGUGUUCCCGGUGUAAUGGCUGUGGAGAUAACAGAUGCAACCACCGAAAAACCAAAGCAGUGCCCACUGAAUUCAGUGCCUCAGGACCCACCAGUGUAUCUUCCCCAUGAGAAUGACUGCGCCAAGUACUACGUCUGCGAUCAUGGCGUGCCUGUUGAAAUGAACUGUCCGGCUCCGUUGCUCUGGAAUGCCCCCAAAGACGUUUGUGAUUCUCCCAACGAGGUCGUUUGCUAAGAGUGAGCUUAAGUCGUCAUUCAGUUGGCACUUGAUGUGUAUUAAAUCUCAAAACUGAGUCAAGAGUUGUCUUGCGAAGAUGGAUAAUGGAUGUGUUAACAAACGAU